AUGACGAUCGCCGCCGCUUCGAAGAACUACAACAUCACGCUCCUCCCCGGCGACGGCAUCGGCCCGGAGAUCAUGGCCGUCGCGAAAACGUGCCUCGUCGAGGUCGGCUCCCAGCACGACAUCGCGUUCGACUUCACCGAGGCGCUCGUCGGCGGCGCCGCGAUCGACGCGACGGGGAUCCCUCUACCGCCGGAGACGCUCGCGACGUGCCAAGCCUCGGACGCGGUUCUCCUCGCCGCGAUCGGUGGGUACAAGUGGGACACGCUUCCCGCGGAGCAGCGCCCGGAGCAAGGGCUCCUGGGUCUCCGCGCGGGUCUCGGCGUGUUCGCGAACCUCCGCCCGGCGAACAUCCUCCCGCAGCUCAUCGACGCGUCGUCGCUGAAGCGCGAGGUGGUGGAAGGGACCGACAUCAUGGUGAUCAGGCGCCUCAUCGGCGGCAUCUACUUCGGCAAGCCGAAGGGCUUCGGCGUGGACGACGCCGGGAACAAGACCGGGUUCAACACGAUGAUCUACUCCGUCCCGGAGAUCGAGCGUAUCGCGCGCGUCGGGUUCGAGACCGCGAAGAAGCGCUCGAACCGCCUGUGCUCCGUGGAGAAGUCCAACGUGCUGGAGGUGUCUCAGGCGCUCGUCACGCGGAUCGGCGCGGAGGAAUACCCCGACGUCGAGCUCUCGCACAUGUACGUCGACAACGCGGCGAUGCAGAUCAUCCGCGCGCCGACGCAGUUCGACACGAUCGUGACCGGAAACAUCUUCGGCGACAUCUUGUCCGACGCCGCGAGCAUGCUGACGGGGUCCAUCGGGAUGCUGCCGUCGGCGGCGGUGGGGAGCGACGGCCCCGGGUUGUUCGAGCCCGUGCACGGCAGCGCGCCGGACAUCGCGGGGACGGACAAGGCGAACCCGCUCGCGCAGGUUUUAUCCGCGGCGAUGAUGCUUCGGUAUCAGUUCGGCGAGGAAGAGGCCGCGGCGAAGCUCGAGAAGGCGGUGAACGAUCUCUUGGACGACGGGUACAGGACGGGGGACAUCAUGUCCGAAGGGUGCACGCAAGUCGGAUGCACGAAGAUGGGCGAGAUUCUCAUGGCGAAGCUCAAGGCGGCGUGAGCGAGCGAGCGAGCGAGCGCGAGAGCGAGCGAGUUAACGAAAGAUAAACAUCGCGUCGCGUCGCGUCGCGUCGAGUCGAGCAGAGCGCGUCGUGUCGAUAUCUAUUGUAACGUGAUGAGUGAUGAUGCGAACGACGACGUCGACGAUCGAUUCGCGUUUCGAUUUGCGGUUCGCGAUGAUCGAUCGACGCGACGAAUGUCAGCGUCGACUGAGUGUGUCGUGUGAUACAAGAAACCCGCGGCGCGCGUCGUCUCCCAUCGCGCCGAAGGAGUCGACGCGCUCGCGGUGUCCUAAACCAACGCGCACCAACGUGGUGUGGUGUGUGGUUAGUAUGUAGUACUUCUGCGAACGAACAGCCUCCCCCCGUUCGCCGCCGCCGCGAUCGGAUCGUCGUCGAAG